GGCUAUAGAGUGGCGUUUUGGUUGGGGGCGUGGCUCUCUGUAUUUCUAUCCUGCGGUCGUUACUAAAGUUGGUAUAACUAGAGAAGGAAGCGGUCGACAACAUUCAUCUCUGGAGGGGGCGGGGUCUAACUUAGGGUUACGGUGGGUUUGACCCUAAAUUAGGAAUAUCCCUUUAACUUCAAAUGGUGUGUGUGUGUGUGUGUGUGUAUGUGUGUGUGUGUGUGUGUGUGUGUGUGUGUGAUUAGAAGACAAUAGUACAGGGCCACACCUCAAACAGCUUCUGUCUGUUUGUUUUCACUUUGACUUUCUGCUCUCUAGAAGAACCGAGUCAGCAAACAGACGGACUCAAACAUCUCUGCAGCUCUGAAAGACGGACGGACGGACAGAGAGAGAGAGAGAGAGAGAGAGAGAGACAGACAGAGAGACAGACAGACAGAGAGAGAGAGAGAGAGAGAGAGACAGAGAGAGACGGACAGACAGACAGACAGAGAGAGAGACGGACGGACAGACAGACAGACGGACGGACGGAGAGACAGGAGCUCAGACUCACUCAGAUCUCUCUACCGUCCACAGAAGGUCCUCUUUAAUAAAGUCAAACUCAAAAACUGGUCUGCUGGUCCUCCAGUGACGGAGAACCUGAGGAGGUUCAUACAACAAAUACAACAACAACAACAACAACAACAACAACAACAACAACAAAUACACAACAACAACACAACAACAACAACACAACAACAACAAAUACAACAACAACAACAACACAACAAUAACAAAUACACAACAACAACAACAACAACAACAACAACAACAACAAAUACACACAUUUAAACAAAGGGUUAAAAAAGUUCUGGAACAAAUCCAAACUCCUGACCCGGUCCUCACUGGAACAGGAACUUUCUAGAAGCAGCUCAGAUGUUCAGACCUGAACCUUCAGAGCAGAACCGAUCCAGGUCUGAGUCAGGAGGGAGUCUACCAUGACCCACAAGGACCAGCUUACAGAACCACCAACCAAAGAGACACAUGAACUUCCAAGAACUUCAGAACCGGAGCAGGUCGGCGGUUACUGACACUCUGAUAGUCUGGACUGAGGAAACCGGGUCAGGGUCUCAGUGUUACCAGCCAACAUGAAAUACUGGAUUAAAAGACGGACCUGGAUCCAGUCAGGAACCCCAGAACUGAGGAUGACGGUCAGGAUUUAUGUUGGUCUGUGUGGACCAGCGAGGUCCACAAAGACCAUUUCACACAAUCUGUGACGGCUGCUUCAGUUCUGAUGACCUGACCCGACCCGACCCGUCCUGACCCGACCCGACCCGACCCGACCCGACCUGACCCGUCCUGACCCGUCCUGACCCGACCCGUCAGGACGGGUCCUGACCCGAUAUCACCAGUUUUUAUUCAGUUUAAAUCAUUUUAAAUUUAAUCCGGUUUCAUUAAAUUCAGGUAAAUCGAACGUCUCUGUGGGAAUCCUGCUUUAGUAAAAACCGUAUCAAUCAGGUCUGAAUGAUCAAUAAUCAAUAAUCAGCUGUUUAUCAGAAAUUUACUCUGAUUUUAAAAACUCAUCAGACAAAAACUGAAGAAGAGGAUCAAUCACUCAUGAUCAGCCUGUGUGUGUGUGUGUGUGUGUGUGUGUGUGUGAGUGUGUGUGUGUGUGUGUGUGUGUGUGUGAGUGUGUGUGUGAGUGUGUGUGUGUGUGUUACAUUCUUCAGCAUUAAAGGGUCUGAUCGGCCUGAGGGAAAGACUUCAUUCAAAUCAACCCCCAAAACACACACACACACACACACACACACACACACACACACACACACACACACACACACACAGAGUUGCAUUUAAAUGUGUGUGUGUGUGUGUGUGUGUGUGUGUGUGUGUGUGUGUGUGUGUGUUAAAGGGAGACAGCACAGUAACCAAUCAGGUAGUUUGUGGGCGGGGCUUCAGAGUAUAAAGCUCUCAGGUGUUCAGAGGAGUUCAGGUGCAGCAGCAGGACAGUCACGUGUUUACAGGAGCGCUCUGAAGAAGAAGAAGAAGAAGGAGAAGAAGAAGAAGAAGAGUCGUUUGUCAUCAUGGCGUCCUUCCUCGUGGAGCCCGGUCUCUCCGCCCCCCUCUUCGCUCGCUCUCUCCCCCAGCAGGAGCUCUCCUCUCUGGGGUCGGACCCGUCUGACUUCAGCCUCUAUAGUCCUCCAGCUCCUCCUGAUCCGGUCCAGUCUGCGACCCUGUGGCCCCAGAAUAACCACGGCGAGGCGUCCCUCUGCUUUAACGGCCUGGACCUGAGCCCCGCCCCCCCAGGACUCCCCCCUGUGCUCCUCCCUCACCUCUACGGCCUCCAGAGGCCCCUGUUCCCCGGCGGGCCCUGGUUCUCCUCUUCUGAUGAUGUGCUCUGUUUGGUCCGGCCGCCGUACUCCUACUCCGCCCUCAUCGCCAUGGCGAUCCAGAGCGCCCCGGAGCAGCGGCUGACCCUCAGUCAGAUCUAUCAGUACGUCUCCGAGAACUUCCCCUUUUACAGCCGCAACAAGGCGGGCUGGCAGAACUCCAUCCGCCACAACCUGUCCCUCAACGACUGCUUCAGGAAGGUUCCCCGAGACGAGUCCGACCCAGGUGAGACCCCCCCACACACACACACACACACACACACACACACACACACCUGUACACCUGUACACACACACACACACACACACACACACACACACACACACACACACACACACACACCUGUGCUGGAGAUACUGAGUCUGUUUAGAUCAUCAGUCCUCAGAAAACCUACAUGUGUAGAGUCAGGGCUUUUAUUUUGAAAGGUCAGAAAACAGACAGAAGUGUUUCUAAUAAAAAAGAAAAUAAAAAAACUUUAAAAACUUUAAAAACUUUAAUAAAACUCAGAAGAAAAAAACAGAAACUGGAAUCUGUCUGAGUGAAACCUCCGAGUUUAAAGAAAAAGAGUUUCAGACCAAAGAUUCACAAAAACAAGAAUUUUAUCAUUUUCUAAGUUUUAUAAAAAUAAUUUUAUAAUUUAUAUUAAAAAGUAUUUUAUAAUUUCUGAAGUUGGAUAAAAAGUAUGUUGGAAUCGUCUUCCUGGUAGAAACAGAAUUCGAGGUUUUUUAAAGGAGGUUUGGUGAAACAGGAAGUGUUGGUACAUGGACUCUUUUGAUUGGUUAAUAAUUCAUGUCCCCUCCCCCCCAGGUAAAGGAAAUUACUGGACUCUGGAUCCAAACUGCGAGAAAUCGUUUGACAACGGAAACUUUCGCCGAAAGAGGAAGAGGAAGUCUGACAUCAUCACUUCUGAGGAGAAGCCUCCUUGCUCCUCCCACUCUGACUCCUCCCCCUCUGACUCCUCCCCAUUGAAGCCCAGCCCUAAACUUCCCAGGAGGCACUGCAGUGGUGGCGGUCUCGUUGAGCCCCCAGUGCACAGCGUCAGCGGCCUCCUGUGUCACCCCCAGGACUCUCUCCCUGCUCCUCCCCCUCCUCACAUUGACUCCUCCCACUCCAUGUUCAUGCAGGUACCUGACCACGCCCCCCCUCCUCAGGGCUACGCCUCCUCAUAUUCACCUUGUGCUGUGGUGCCGCGGUGGGACUCCUGCAGCUCCUCCCCUCCCCUUUAUUCCUCCCUCCUUGCUGACCCUCACUCCGGCUCCCCCCCGCUGUACGCCGACCUGCAGACGGCGCCCUGCCUCCUUCCUCCGGAGCUCCAGGACGCCCAUCAGCUGCAGCAGCUCCAGGCCCAGUGUGAGCGCCUCUUCUCUGACGGCCUCCCCCUGGACUCUCUGGUUCUCCAGCUGUGACUCCCCAGAGGAUAGACCCGUUUACACGAAGACUGACCUCCUCGCACAGGGGGGUGAUUGACAGACGCACUGAGCUGUAAAAAAAACUGUUUCCUGUUUCUAUUUAAUCUGUUUGAAUGUUUGAAAUCUGUCAGUUUUUUUUAAGUGUCUUUGAAAUAAAAAAAAUAAAUUUAAA